CAAUACACCGGAACAAGUACGACGACGACAGUACGAUGCUACAACCCUACCAACGAGUCGUGCCGAGUAACGUUGGAUCAUUUGAUAGGCUACAACGAUCGGUUAGCUUUCGGUGCGGAACUUCUCUGCGAGUGGUAUCGACAGGCGACCAAUGCUCAAAUAGCUAUCGCAGCGAGGUACACCCGAGAUAAAUAUUCGUUCGCGGCCACCGGCUCGAUGGAGGCGUUCGAUUUAAGCUACUGGCGUAAGGUGAACGAUAGGAUACAGAUAGGCUCAUCACUCGCGUGUAGCCACCGGGAGGGAAAAGCCAUCGGCACAAUUUAUUACCGGGUGGAACGGCCAGAUUGCACCGUCCGGGGGCUUUUCGAUUCCAACUGGUCCGUGGGAUUCACUUAUCAGAGGAGGUUGAAACAGAUGCCGAUCAAUGCCGGCAUCAGUCUAUUAUUCUGCAUCCCGAAAAACACCUUUCAGGGUGGGUUUAAAAUUGAUUUAGACUCUAAUUUGCAGUGACCGAUUGAAGUGGUUUCGAUGUUCGGGGUUUCUAUGAUUCUGUUUUUUUGGAGGUUUUUGGAUUCUGGGAAGUAGCUUGCAAAAUGACCGGAAGGACAUGAAGAACGAUCGGAUAAGCUGUGAAAAAGUUCGUCAUGAGCAGCGAUUAUCGCACGCCAAUCGAACUGCUGAUGCUGAUGCGGUAUCCAAAUAUAAGGGAAUCAAUAAAUAAAUUAAGCCUCCAUGCGAAAUUUGGGCGGCAGUGAAUGACGGAUUAUUUUUAUCUUCGAUGUACUUUUAAAUUUCGGAUUCAAUAAAGUCGUAGCACUUAUUUUUUUCAA